AUGCCCAAGCGACUGCCCCCGCCUCGGGGGAAAUUCAGGCCAGGCUCAGGCUUCCCUCCCCAGCGUCAGCCGCGGCCAGGAAAACGCCCCUCCUCUCAGACCACCUGCUUCAAGCCAGAACCGCCCAUUCCUCCCCAAGACGCCCAUUUACUACAAAGGCCGGCACAUCCCCAGCCUCCUCCCGGGGAGACCAUCUCUCCCCGGCUCUACCCGGGCCCGGUGCGCGACGGGCACCUCACCUGGCUCUCGCCCGCUGAGGCCCUCCCGCCCCCGGCCCCCCACACUUGCCCCGCGGUGGGGGAGGGGCGCGCCCGCGAACCCGGGGCCCCGCGGGUGGGUCCGCGUGCCUGCCGCGCGCGGCUGACAAAGAGCGGGGCCGCGCCAUGCGGACGCGCGACCGGGGGCCGAGCGGGCGCCCAGGCCCGCGGCAGAGACCUGGGGCCGGGAAGCGCCUUCCCCAGUCGGGCCCUGGCCGCUCCCGCAGAUGUCUCGCCCGUCCCGAGAGGGCUGGGCGUCCCAUCUUCCCGGAGAACACGCCUCCCUCCGGCCCGGGCAGCGCCCGCCGCGGGGAGACCCCCGCCCCGCGCGCUCGGCGCUCCCCCGCCCGGGCCGCUGGGGCUGCAGGUGCGAGGCCCGGGCGUCCGCGAUGCCCGCGCCUGUCAAGCCGCCUCCCCGCUGCCGCCGGCCACCCGGACUCGGGCGCGGCCGCCCCGCGCCAUCCAGCACCGCGCCCCGCCGCCGCCGCGCACCCGGUGGACAGGCAGGGAGCCUGCAGCCAGCCCCGCGCCCCGCGCCUUACCCUGGGAGCCGGAGCAGGGGAGAACGGCCGGCGGCAGCAGCAAAGGCGGCGGCGGCGGCGGGGCGCGCCCCGGGCUGGAGCGCAGAGGAGCCGAGGGGAGCGGCUCCCACAAUGGCCGAGCUCGCGGCGCCGAGCCCCCCGCCCCCCGCGCCCUAGCGGCAGCGGCUGAAGCGGAGCCGGCGCAGCCGCCCAACCCGCUCCCCCACCCUCGGCGCCGACGCCGCCCCCCGCCCCUCGAUGCGCGCUCCCCCCGCCCCGCACCCCACCCGCGGCCGCUGCCUCGCUCCCCGCGCGCCCCUGCCCGGCCGCAGCCCGGCGCCCCACCCCGCACUGCCCCCCGCGCCCUCCCUCUGGGUCCCUACCCCCCGCAACUCCUCCCGUGCGGCCACCGGGUUCCCAGGCCAAUUCACACCCCCACAUUCCCCGCCCCGUGCUCCCGCGCCCUCUCCGUCCUGGCCCCGCGGCCGCUCGCUGACCCGGGCCUGGCUCAUCCGCCCGUCUCACCGCCGGUCCCCGAGUCGCUGUCCCAGGCUGCCGGGCCGUCUCUCAGCCCGGACCUGGUUCUUAAACGGCCCAUUCCCCGGCCUGCCCCUCCUUUGCCCGCUUUCCCCAGACCCACAUUCUUUCCCUGUUCCUGGGGCUUCUGCUUCCGCUCGGGAGAGCGCCCGAGCCGGUCCACAUACCCGCUGGGCUUCUGGUAG